ACAUUGGCUGGGUAUAGGCUUGACAAUGAAGAUCCAUCCACUAUCUGGGUUAGUUGCCUUGGCAGAUGAAUAAUCAUGGGGGAAAUAAUUCAUAGCAACUUUGAACGACCUCCUUCACCAGCAAGACUGGAGUACACAUCUGAAAAACAUCCCAGGUAUACCCUGGAUAAGAUUAACCUUUUACGUAAACACAGGGAGCUCUGUGAUGUUGUUUUGAUAGUUGGUUCUCGAAAGCUGUUUGCUCACAGAGUUAUUUUAUCAGCAUGUUCUCCAUAUUUCCAUGCCAUGUUUACCGGAGAACUGGCAGAAAGUCGCCAAACUGAGAAAGCACAACAAUAUGGUUCAACUUGGAGCACCAGGACCAUAGAGAAAGAAAGCUACAACAGUCGUACUGAAAUCAUGGUGACAAUCAGAGAUAUUGAUGAACAUGCCAUGGAACUACUGAUUGAUUUUGCAUACACCUCCCACAUAGUGGUGGAAGAAACAAAUGUGCAAGUUUUGUUGCCUGCCGCUUGUUUACUUCAAAUGGCUGAAAUUCAAGAAGUGUGUUGUGAAUUCUUAAAGCGACAAUUAGACCCUUCUAACUGCUUGGGCAUCAGGGCAUUUGCUGAUACCCAUUCUUGCCGAGAACUUUUACGAAUUGCUGACAAGUUUACUCAACAUAAUUUUCAAGAGGUGAUGGAGAAUGAGGAGUUUUUACUGCUUCCAGUAAAUCAACUCAUCGACAUUGUCUCUAAUGAUGAGUUAAACGUCCUUAGUGAGGAAAAAGUUUUCAAUGCUGUUAUGUCAUGGGUGAAGUACAGUAUAACAGAACGCCGUCAGCACCUGCCCCAGGUGCUUCAACAUGUUCGCUUACCUCUUCUUAGUCCAAAGUUUUUAGUUGGAACAGUUGGUUCUGAUCUCCUCAUCAAAAGUGAUGAAGCCUGUCGUGACUUAGUGGACGAAGCUAAAAAUUAUCUGCUCCUGCCACAGGAGCGACCUCUCAUGCAGGGGCCAAGAACUAGACCAAGAAAGCCUGUUCAGAGAGGAGAAGUUCUUUUUGCUGUUGGAGGUUGGUGCAGUGGAGAUGCCAUAGCUAGUGUAGAAAAGUAUGACCCACAAACAAAUGAAUGGCGAAUGGUUGCGUCAAUGAGCAAACGCAGAUGUGGUGUUGGUGUAGCAGUUUUAAAUGACCUUCUUUAUGCUGUUGGUGGACAUGAUGGACAAUCCUAUUUAAACAGUAUAGAAAGGUAUGAUCCCCAAACAAACCAGUGGAGCAGUGAUGUUGCCCCAACAAGUUCUUGUCGCACUAGUGUUGGCGUUGCUGUUUUAGAUGGUCAUUUAUAUGCAGUUGGGGGACAGGAUGGUGUUUCUUGCCUAAAUCUGGUGGAAAGGUAUGACCCUCAAAGUAACAACUGGACAAAAGUGGCACCCAUGAGUACAAAACGACUGGGUGUAGCUGUAGCUGUAUUAGGAAACUAUCUUUAUGCUGUUGGUGGAUCAGAUGGUACCUCACCUCUUAACACUGUUGAGAGAUAUGACCCACGUACAAAGAGAUGGAGUUCUGUAGCACCUAUGGGAACACAAAGAAAGCAUCUUGGCUGUGCUGUCUAUAACAAUAUGAUUUAUGCUGUUGGUGGCAGGGAUGACACAACUGAACUCAGUAGUGCAGAAAGGUACAACCCUCAGACGAAUCAGUGGCAGCCUAUUGUUGCAAUGACAUCGCGUAGAUCUGGGGUGGGCUUAGCUGUGGUGAAUGGCUCUCUCUAUGCUGUUGGUGGCUUUGAUGGUACAACGUACCUGAAGAACAUAGAAUUAUAUGAUCCUGAUCAGAACCAAUGGCGACUAUGUGGUAACAUGAACUACAGAAGGUUAGGAGGAGGUGUAGGAGUUGUUCGUCUUCCUCAGCACGAAACUCACUAUUGGUGACAGAGUCUUUUUAACUGUAGCUCUGAUAUUAAAGUAGUGAACAUUUUAGUAAAUAAAAGCAUUUUCAAGUAAA